AUGGCUGCACAACAACAAGAACUAGAUGAGAAGAACCCAUUUUAUGAGUUAGUUGUUAUUUGUAGUACUUCUGGUCAAUUUGACCAAACCGUCAAUUCGUUCAAAGAUAUUAUAAAGAAGUCUAAGUUAGUAUGUAUAAAGGAUACUGAGUUGUUAGAUUGGAUAAAGAAGUACCAAAGAAGAGUUUUGAAGUAUAAUGCUAUAAAUGAGUAUAUAAAUUCGAAGUUUAAAGAACCUAAUGAGGAAAUGCAGAGAAUAUUAGACAAACACCACUUCAGAAACAAACAGAAAGAGAUAGAAUACAUUUCGAAGAAAUUGCAAUCUUACGAUUGGAAGACUUACCCUCAUAGAUGUCUUCUUAUCUUAGAUGAUUUCGCCUCUCAUCCUUUGUUAAAGAACAGAGAACAAGAUAUGUGUCGAAUUCUUAAGAAGCUCAGACACUUUAACAUCUCAGUUGUCAUUUGUGUACAGACAGCAAAGAGUUUAAGUAAGGAU